GCCACCUUAUGUGUCACGGCGGCUUCCCCGCCUCCCCCCACCAGGGUUUCAUCAUGGAGCCACCACCAGCAGCACAUAAAUAGAAGGCUCGGGUGGGCUGGAGGACCAAAGACACCACUCAGGGUCCUGCACCGCACUCCAGCACCCGUCCCACCUGGCCGGCCACCCUGCAGAAACAUGGCUGUUGCUGGUGCCCUUUGCUUGUUGUUCAUCUGUCUCCUGCUCUCUGGUGUGGCCCCGAAACCCACAUGUGACCCCAGCGCCUGCACCCCGUGCCCUGUGAGGGAUGUGGAGGGGCCAACCACCACCACUGCCGGGGCCUGCUGCCCACCCUGUCCUUCAACUUGUGCCUGCCCACCCUACUUGGAGAGCGACUGCGAGAUGCAAGGCUUCGCAAGUGGCCACAUCCCUACUGGCCACUCCUUCUACAUUGACUUUGCCCGCAAGCUAUGCACCUGCCACCCCAGUGGGGACAUCACCUGCGCCUCUCUGUGCCCUACCGUGCCCCCCACCUGCCGGGCUGUGGGCAGCUCUGUGGCUGAUGGUUGUCCCCAGUGCAUCUGCUACGAUGAAGAGGAGAUGGCAGUGCCUGCUGGCACCGUCACUGCCCGGGGCAGCCAGAUUUGCACCUGCCCCGCUGAGGGGGGGCAGCUGCAGUGCAGUGAGAGCAAGAGCAUGGAGUGAAGCUCACCCCUCUGCCAGCCAAAGGCCGGAGGACAAGGGAGUCUCUCUGGCAGGUGAAGGCUUUCUGCACCUUGGGGCGUCCUCACUGAAAACUGGUAAAUGCUUCAAACUGUUCCAGAGGACUUGGCGAUGCAUACGGCUGUGCUGCAGAGCGCUAGAGAGAUGCGCAUUCUAUGUGAUUUAUAAACCAGGGCAAAGCAUGUCUAGCGGGUGAGCUUUUUUUGUUGUAAGGUUUGUUCUGCGGCAGUGGUCUAUGAGAGCUUAGAUUGCUGCUAGGAUGUAACUGGAAUGUGGUCACUUAUUUAUUUGUAAGAUGAUUGUGCUUUUGUACAUGUUUAUGUUUAUAUACUGUGUAGAUAGCAUAGCCUUUAGUCACCUCACCAGAUAAAACCUCUUCCUAGGAUCCAGGUUUCACUUCCUGUAAUUCCAUCAAAUUCAAAGUGGUGGGAUCAAAACCAGAAGAUUAGCUGACAUCCCCCUCUCCAUGCUUUUUCUGAAGGUAAGAGGAGUAGGCGAGUCAGCACAUGGCUGUGUCCUUAGGAGGAGGCAAACACCUCUCAUGCUUCCACCCGUUGGAGCUAAACCACUAAGUAUGUUGGCAGACGAGGGUCAAUCCUUCACAGCCACCUCGAUGAAGCAGUUACCCAGGGCUGACCCUGUUGUCAGUCCCUGCUGUAUCCUGGUUCAUGUCACCCCAAAUUACAUGUCGGUGACUGUGUCCUCACUCUUGCUCUGCCCUUACUGCUGCUGGACAUAGCAUACGGCAGAACUGCAUCUUCUGAAUGCUUUGACAUAUAUAAUAAAUACACACAUACACAAGGAUGUACUUAUGUACAGGGAGACUGUAAUAAAAAACACAGCUUCAUCAGGCUGUUAACAAGUGUUAAAUGUGCUCCUUCAAGGUGUUGAAUAAAAUCAAUAUUAACAAUAAACUUUUGAGAACUUUACUGAC